AUGAUGAGCUGUGUUUUGGGUAUGAUAGUAGCUCUGAUAAGGAGGAGGAAGAUCUUAUCAACAAUGAGGGUAAAUUUAGUGAAUCCAUGGAGGUGUCGAAUUGUAGCUAUAAAAUUCAAGAAGUUAAACGAAUUAAGCUAUGAUGACAUGUGGGGUAUUGAGUUUGACACCGUUGAUCAAUGUUUUGAUUUUUAUAGAAAUUAUGCUAAAGUGCACGGUUUUGUUGCGAGACUUGACGAAAAAGGACAAGAUUUCAAUGGAAACCUUAAUAUGCGACAGAUAGUUUAUAACAGAGAGGGUACACGUAGAAAAAAGUACUUGGAGAUGGAGAACAGAAAAAAGGAUCACAAGCCAAUCACCCGUGUAAUGUGUCAAGCAAAGAUUAGAUUUCAUUAUGACUUGAUUUUACAAAAGUGGCGGGUCACCAAAUUUAAAGAGACUCACAACCAUGACCUCAUCCCACCUAAGUAUAUCCAGUUUGUUCUGGCAUAUCGAACAAUGAUUGACGCUGAUAAAGCACAGGCUGAUAGUUUGCACUUUUAUGGUGUUAGAACUUGUCAUAUAAUGGGGUUCAUGGUGGCACAAAAAGGAGGUCCGAACAGGGCGAGAUUCACAAAAAAAGAUCUAUACAAUCAUUUUGACAGAUCGAGGCGUGCAAAGAUAAAAGAUGGUGAUGCACAUGCAGCAUUGAGUUACCUAGUUUUUAAGGCAGAUGAAGAUCCACUAUUGCAAGGGAAGUUUACUUUGAAGGAUGGUAAGCUUGAUAAUUUAGUGUGGGCCGAUGGAUCUAGCAUCACUAAUUACCAAUGUUUUGGUGAUGUGUUAGCCUUCGACACGACAUACCAAAAAAAUAAGUAUAAUAGGCCGUUGGUUGUCUUCUCAGGAACAAAUCAUCAUGGACAAACAUGCAUUUUUGGUUGUGGUUUAUUAUCCGAUGAGAAGCGGAAAACCUAUGUUUUGGUGUUGAAUAUGUUCAUGGAGAUAAUGGGUAAUAAAUAA